CUAUAUUUUGCAUAAAAUCCGUAACAUAUAUAAAUUACACAAAAUAAAAUAAUUACCUUUCAAAUAAUGGCCAAAAUCUUAAUUAUAAAUUAUACUCCAUCAUUUUAGGAGAAAUCCGUAGAAUCUUUGUUUUUAGGGUCAAAUUCAUACAAUCUUUAAGUAAAUGAUAUUGGUUAGUUUACAUAUUCUGUGCUGACCGUUUUGCCCUCGAGUAGCAAUAUAGAGCUAAUCACUCCACUCCACAAAAAGCUUAUUUUCCCCUUAAAAUUGGUUACGAACCCCAAUUUUCCAACUUUUACUUUGCCCGCUUGGAAUGGCUUCAUUAAGCUGCUCAGCCGAUGAGCUGGCGUCGCUCCUGGGCACCAACACCACGAACGUGGUCGCCGCCGCGGACUACAUCUGCAACCAGUUCUCAGCCGUGUCGGAUAAAUUCACCGACACCUCGUACGCCGUGGAUUCCACGUACCUCCUCUUCUCCGCCUACCUCGUCUUCUCGAUGCAGCUCGGCUUCGCCAUGCUGUGCGCCGGCUCCGUCCGCGCCAAGAACACCAUGAACAUCAUGCUCACCAACGUCCUCGACGCCGCCGCCGGCGGCAUCUUCUACUACCUCUUCGGCUUCGCCUUCGCCUUCGGCUCGCCGUCCAACGGCUUCAUCGGCCGCCACUUCUUCGGCCUGAAGGAGAUCCCCUCCCCCCUCUUCGACUACAGCAACUUCCUCUACCAAUGGGCCUUCGCCAUCGCCGCCGCCGGCAUCACCAGCGGCUCCAUCGCCGAGAGAACUCAGUUCGUCGCCUACUUGAUCUACUCCUCCUUUCUCACAGGAUUCGUUUAUCCCAUCGUCUCUCAUUGGUUUUGGUCCGCCGAAGGCUGGGCCAGCGCCGCCAACGCCGGCAAACUUCUAUUCGAAUCCGGAGUCAUCGACUUUGCCGGCUCGGGCGUGGUCCACAUGGUGGGCGGCAUCGCGGGCUUUUACGGAGCAAUAAUAGAAGGCCCGAGAAUAGGGAGAUUCGAUCACUCGGGCCGGGCCGUGGCCCUUCGCGGCCACAGCGCCUCGCUCGUUGUAUUAGGCACGUUCCUUUUAUGGUUCGGGUGGUACGGGUUCAAUCCCGGGUCGUUUUUGAAAAUCCUUAGCCCGUAUCCGGGCGGCGGAUACUACGGCCAGUGGUCGGCGGUGGGCCGGACGGCGGUCACCACCACUCUGGCCGGAUGCUCGGCCGCUCUCACGACGUUGUUCGUGAGGCGGCUGGUCUCCGGCCAUUGGAAUGUGACCGACGUGUGCAACGGGCUGUUGGGCGGCUUCGCGGCGAUCACGGCCGGGUGCUCCGUGGUGGAGCCAUGGGCGGCGCUGAUUUGCGGGUUCGUGGCGGCGCUGGUGCUUGUCGGGUGCAACUUGGCCGCUGAGAGGGUGAGGUACGACGACCCCUUGGAGGCGGCACAACUGCAUGGCGGCUGCGGUGCGUGGGGCGUGAUAUUCACGGCACUGUUCGCGACGGAGGAGUAUGUGAACGAGGUUUACCCGGGUCGUCCGGGUCGGCCGUUCGGGUUGUUUAUGGGCGGCGGUUGGCGGCUGCUGGCGGCCCAUUUGGUUCAAAUUUUGGUGAUUAUCGGGUGGGUCAGUGUGACGAUGGGUCCUUUGUUUUACGCUUUGCAUAAGCUUAAGCUUCUUCGGAUCUCACCCGACGACGAGAUGGCGGGUAUGGAUCUCACUCGACACGGUGGAUUCGCUUACGUGUAUGAGGAUGAUUCGCGGAGUAAUGGGAUGCAAAAUGGUAGGGCAGACUCGUUCCCACCAAUGGCUUCAAAUUAGUUUAUUUUAUUUUUCGUGUAAUUAUUUCUAAGAAUUAUAUAUAUGAAUAUUUGUGAUUGAUGUGUUGAUUAA